GAGCCUGCAGCAACAAAAAAACAGCACUCAGUAAUGGAGACCACUUUCUCUGGCUCUGGUGACUUUGGUAGUGGUCCUGAUUGUCCUCCUCCGUCAAUAUGUAGCAGUUCCAGUACACCUACAAUAUCUCAACCUCCUACAAUAGAAGAUAGCAACCCCACUGUACUAAUCAUUGCUUUAACUGCAUCACUUGUGCUGCUGGUUGUACUUCUUGUUUCGUCAUUACUGUGCAUCUUCUUCCUGUACCGUUGCUCUAAAGUAGCUCCUUCAAGUAGCGAGAAAGAGCAUGAGUUGAAGAGAAGGUCUUCAAGACUUGGCUCUAACAAGUCAGGGACCAGUCAAGCCCAGCAGCCACAGCCUGAACAGCCUCUUUCAAGCUUAAAUGCAACUCUUUUACUUCCAAAGCAAGCAUCAAGGACCAAGAUAAUAUCUUUUUCGACAAAAGGAAAAAAUAAUCAGCAUCUCUCAGUUGAAAAACUCUCCUCUAUGACUCCAAACGAGAGAUUAAAAGUGCUGGAGUUCCCUCAUUCAAAAGUCUGCAUGCUAGCUGAACUUGGAGAAAGCAGCUUUGGCAAGACUUACAGAGGUGAAUGUGCAAAACUCCUUACAACUGACAUCACUACACCAGUUCUGAUAAAAACCCUACGAGAAGGAGCGGAGGCCUAUCUGUGUGAGUCCUUUGAAAAGGAAAUGAAAUUAACAUCUGGUUGGAAUCAUCCAAAUAUAUUAACACUGCUAGCUGUAUCUACGAUAGAGUUUCCACGCUAUAUGAUAUAUGAGUGGCUUGAAUUUGGUAAUUUGAAGGAUUUCCUGCUCUCUACUGCAUCAGUGUGGCUCUCAAUGGAUAUUGAGAGCGUCUAUAAUGCAAGCCAAGCUGAUCUAGACAGCACCAUUGGAUCAGGAGGUUCUACUCAACAUUCAAUGGGCACUGAAGAAAUGAUAGCUAUUGUGGUGCAGGUUGCAGAAGGAAUGGAGUAUCUAGAAGAACAGGGAUUUUUGCAUAAAGAUUUGACUGCAAGAAAUUGUCAGAUUGGAGAAGGUCUAAUUGUUAAAAUAUCAAACUUUGGUUUCAGCCAUGACAUACAGUGCAUGCAGUAUUGUGAAUGGACUACGAGUAACGGACAAAAAUCCUUUGGUCCUCUUCGCUGGACAGCACCCGAGACCCUCAAAGACUCCACAUACUCAGUCCAAUCAGAUGUGUGGGCGUACGGCAUCUUUUUAUGGGAAGCGUUCUCUUUUGGUCAAGAUCCUUAUCCUGAACUUGCAACGGAUGAAGAAGUAAAGGAGUAUAUAUUAUCAUUGAACGUGAUGCUGCAGCCUGACAAUUGUCCCAAGAGUGUAUAUAAGAUUAUGAGGAGUUGUUGGAACCCUAUACCAAGCAAAAGACCAUCCUUCUCUUGGUUGAAGCAAGCACUGAAAGCAAGCGUGAAGCAGUUUGAUUUGGAAAAUGUUUCGAGACGUUUCAGUUAUUAUAAUUCACCAAGUACUACUAGAAAAAUUUCUGAGCUUUAACAGCAUGAUACAUGUACUACAUUGAAAUGUAAAAUU